CUGUUUUUUCCCCCUCAGCUGUCAAGUUCUUAUUUCAUCUUACAGACAAUAAGUUCACAUUUUGUCUAUGCUUGAAAAGCCAGACUGCCUGAAAACAUGAGCAAUUUCUUGAAGUGAGGCUGAUCUACUUGUGUCACAGCUGCCAUGUUUGAACUCCACAGCUCAGCUUGAGGCAAGCCUUGGAACCUUCUAUGCACCGACGAGGCCUCUCUCUCAGACAACAGUGUUGGAAUACAGGGACCAGAUCAGCCGAUAUGCAAGAAGAUUUUUCCACCAUCUGCUCAGACAUCAACGGUUUGAGAAAGCCUUUCUGCUUGCUAUUGAUAUAGGCGCUCGUGAUUUAUUUAUGGACAUCCAUUACUUUGCACUAGAUAAGGGUGAAUUGGCACUAGCUGAAGUGGCAAAGAAAAAGGCUAACGACAUUGACACAGAAUCAAUAACUACCGGAGUUGAAAUCCCAAGAUGUAGAAGUAGAGAAGAUGUGUUAAAUGAAACCUUUAUGAAUCUGACUACACUUACACAAGAGGAGUCAAAGGUUCAAGGAAAUCCUCCACCAUCCAGUACAAAUGCUCAGUUCUUCACCCGUAUGACAUACAACAGCUCUACCAGGGAAAUGGAAAAAAGAGAAUUUGAAUUUGUAACAAAGCUCGAUACUACACAGCAGAGGGAUAAGCCUGCACCUUGGUGUCAAACAGAAAUGCCGGAAGAAGCACAUGAUGAACAGGAAAUCAGAGGAAACAGCUCUAUUAAAGUGGUGCAUUUUGGUCUGGUGUAAGCUAAGAAAGUUAAUACUUAGGCCAUGAAAGAAAGUGAAGCCUAUCACCAUCUGGUGAGAUAGAGAAGUAUAUUUCAGCUAUAAGUCAAUUCUGAAAUCUUAUUCAAAUAUUUCAACAAUAACUGUUAAAUAUUCUUAGUGUCACUCAUUUCUGUAUGAGAAUGUUAAGCACGUAUUUAAAUCAAUGAGAUAUAAAGUUGCUCAACUUUGAACAACCCUAACUUGUUUAUCAACAUUAAAUACAUGUUUUUCUAAUCGUUUUUGAAGUUUUUGCACCAGUUGUUCUAUUCUUCUGUCCAUUUCUCAGGGCCUUGAAUAAAGCACAUCUUACAAGCAUAGUUGAUUUACCCAAUUCUGUUUCAUGAAUCAUACCUUAAAGAGGCCAUA